AUGGCCAUCUUCCGCCGCCGCCGCCGCCGCUCGUCCAACGUUUCCCCGGACAGGCCGUUUGUCUGUCCGAAUGCAGCCAUACAUCAUCCCCAAUUUGGGGCAGAGCCAUACCUCAGCAACAGGGAAACGUCAGGCAACUCAAGCCAGGUGCAGAUGAGGAUGACGGGCGGCCAAAGCGAAAUGCUGGACAUAGUACAACGCGAAUGCCAGAGCGAUGCCAAGGAAAUAAGAGGUGUGCGGCUGGGCAGGGCCCGUUGGAACGGAUGGGUUGCUUGUCGAGAAAGAACGGGGAACCUAGGCCCCGAGGCCAGGUCUAAGGGAUCAUGGUCUCAUGGAUUCUGGAAUCCGUGCUGCAGCCAGGACGAUCUCCAGUCCCGCCGGCAGAGAAUGAACGAGAAACCCGGUGACAGCGCAGCGCGGGGGCCGUUGGUUGCGCUGAGCUGGGCGCUCGACAGGUUUGCGUUGGUGUCGGAAAAGCUUGGCUUUGAGAAAGGUGAUCAGAUGAGGCGAAGAAGUGCGGUUCAGAAACGUAAUGGAUACAAGCGAGGACUAAUGGAAACUUAG